AUGGAUUUUCGUCCGGACGCUUGGAACUCUGGUCUGCCGCCUAUAAAAGCAGCACAGAACGACACUCUUUCAUACCAUCUCAAAGUCUACCCACUCCCUCACCAAUACUCAAUCUCUUCGUCGCUUUCUUUCCACAAUGUGCCGCCAAAUAACAGACGGAACUCGUUGGAUGCGUUGUGGUGUAUGCAUUACCAAGUCCACACAGUCGUCAUGGUCGUCGACUGCCACAGCUACGCCUGCGAGAAGUCUCGCCUGCAUCGCUAUGGCUGCACCGACUCUACGUGUACCAAGAACUUUGGCCCUAAUCUCGAGCGGGACAACGACCGCCUCAAAGAGUAUUGCCGCGAGUGUCGCGCUGCCCGGGGCCAAGCGCCGAGCCGACUCGCUAUAUGA